AUGGCACAAAGUCCUUCGGCAAGCAACACUCAGCCUCAGACUGCAGCGCCACCUGCUGGACUGAAAGCUCCUCCAAGGGGCCAACAGCAGUACACUCAGGCUGACUUGAAUAGAAUCGUCAUGGAGUAUUUGAAUAAGAAGGGUUUCCACAAGACUGAGGCCAUGUUUCGGUUGGAAAGCUCAAACACGCCCACAGCCAGUGUACCUAGCCCCACGCCAGCCACCACGACAAUGUCUGGGCCUGGAGAAAUUGGACCAAAAGCCAGAGACGGCAAAAUCACAAGAGCUGACCUUGAGUUGAAGGAAUUGAGGGAGAAAAUGAUGCAGACAGAACGUGAGUUACGUGAAACGAAAGACAGAGAGCAAUACUUGCUGAAAGAAAAGGAGUUGCGUAUGUUAAGAGACGAGGAGGAGAAACAAAGAAGAGAAAACGACCCAGAGAUUUACUACAGGGCUUAUAGCAUAUUGCGGGCUUGGGUGGAGACAUCGUUGGAUCUCUACAAGCCUGAAUUAACCCGUUUAUUGUAUCCUCUCUUUGUGCACUGCUACUUAGAAUUGGUGUCCAAGAACUACAUCAAAAACGCCAAAAUCUUCUUGGAUUCAUUCAAGGAGGAUCACAUCAUUCUUCACGGACUAGAAGUCCAGCAGCUUGCGGGCAUCUCGCUACCUGAACAUUUGAAGGAGAACCUGUUGGCGCAAGCCUACCGUGCCAACAAGUACCGUAUCUUGGUGUCCAAAACAACCAUGAACUUGCUUCUUUACUUCUUGCACGAGAACGAAGCUGUUGGAGGUACAGUGUUGAUUCGAAUCAUCAACCAAUACCUCAAUCCCAUCAUUUCUUCAACGCGUCCAGACAAAGUGGACCAAGAAGGUGAGGCUAAUCCAGCAGAGGGAAUUCCUGGUUAUAUCACCAGCACAAACGAGAUUGAAAAGUUCAACGAGCAGCCGGUUUUGCUAGGCAAGAUGCCAUUAGAGCCGGAUGUUGAAAAGGAAAUGGAAGCUGAGCUUAAGGUGAAGGAUGAGAGCACUGAGCCCGUCAAUGGUAAAACCCUCGUUGAAGAGUUCGAGGAGAUGACCAAACCUGACACAGACUCGCCCGCAGUUGAAUCUUUGCCUCUUCCAAUGAAAGAUGCCAGCGAUAUUAAGCGCAUGAUUUUGGCCGUGGAGGACCUGAGAUCGAAAAUCAAAUUGGGAGCUAUUCAGGCUUCUGCUCCGCUGGUAUGUAUGUACACCUUCCACAACACCAACAGCAAUUUGACAUGUCUUGAAUUCAAUCAAGACUCCAAUAUGGUUGCUGGGGGCUUCCAAGAUAGCUUCAUUAAGCUCUGGUCUCUUGACGGUGCACCACUCAAGUCCGUCUUUAAAAGAGACCAACACAACAAUGAUAACACUCGUCGACUUGUCGGCCACUCGGGUCCAGUCUACGGCAUGUCUUUUUCUCCUGACAACAAAUACUUGAUUUCCGCAUCCGAAGACAAGACUGCUCGACUUUGGUCUAUGGACACCUACACUGCCCUUGUGUCUUACAAGGGUCAUAACCAGCCAGUCUGGGACGUCAAGUUCUCGCCUCUAGGUCAUUACUUCGCUACAGCAUCUCACGACCAGACUGCUCGUCUUUGGGCCACAGACCACAUAUAUCCACUUCGUAUUUUUGCGGGCCACAUCAACGAUGUUGACUGCGUCGAUUUCCAUCCUAAUUCCAACUACGUGUUCACAGGAUCCUCCGACAAAACAUGUCGAAUGUGGGACGUUCAAACUGGUAACGCCGUACGUAUCUUCAUGGGCCACACAGGUCCUGUCAAUUGCAUAGCUGUCUCUCCGGAUGGAAGAUGGCUCGCCAGUGCAGGUGAAGACUCGGUAGUGAACAUCUGGGACGCAGGAUCGGGACGCAGACUUAAGACCAUGCGUGGACAUGGCCGUUCGUCAAUCUAUUCGUUGGCAUUUUCACGAGACGGAGGAGUGCUCGUAAGUGGUGGAGCAGACAACACCGUUCGUGUUUGGGAUGUCAAACGCAACACUAACGAUGCCGGCCCACUUCCAGAAGCAUUCUCUGGAGAUUCUACAAAUGGACUGGCCUCUAUGGCUGGAUCCGAUAAGAAGCCAACGGACAAAACCAACCGUAAGGAAAUUGUGGCUACUUCUGACCAUAUGACGGCGUACUUCACGAAAAAGACACCAGUUUACAAGGUUCAUUUCUCGCGCAGAAACUUGUGCCUAGCUGGAGGAGCUCUCAGCAUUUAG